UAGUGGGCCGGUGCCACACUUUCCGGAGUCAAGCACGAGAAGAAGAGCCGCCAAGGGAUGGCAGCCUCGAGUGCGAACACGGAGGACGUGAAGCUCAACCGAGUCCGCCUCGGCCGCUCCUCGAACUGGGACUACGUGCAUCGCUGCGUUGCCAUGGUGAUGGGCAUGGGAAGCCUCUGGCGCUUCCCGAUGCUCGCCUACGAACAGGGCCGCGGCGCCUUUCUGAUCUGCUACCUCAUCAUGACCUUUCUUCUGGCCAUGCCUCUGUGCCAAAUCGAGAUAGCUCUCGCUCAGUUCUCGGGCUCCAGCAUCAAGGCUCUGUGGAAGUGCAUGCCUCUGGGAAGGGGCAUUGGCGUCGCCGGCUGUUUCUGCGCCGCCCUGGUGAGCGUCUACCAGGCGCUGGUGGUCGCCUACGCGGCGACGUACCUCGGCGACAGCGUGCUGUACCCGCAGCUGCCGUGGACCGCGUGCGGGCCCGCCUGGGGCGCCGACGCCGCCUGCUACGGCCUCGCGGACGCCCAGCUACUGUGCGGCCGCACUGCGAGGCUCCCGGUGUACCUGAUGUCAGGCCUGCUGGGCAGCCGAGGACCCGAUUCCGAGCCCCUGCUGAAGUUCCCCGCCAUGCCGGUGAACGACACGCUCCGCUGCAAGAACGCCACGCUGCCGUCGUCUGAGCAGUUCUUCUACAAGCGCGUGCUGGCGUUGAGCCCGAGCAUCGGAGACUUCGGCCACCUGCGGCCCGACCUGAUCGCCUACCUGUGCGCAGUGUGGCUCACGACGUUCUUCCACGUGUGCGGAGCGGCCAAGUUUUUCGGAAAGGUCUCGCUUGCCGUGGUUCCAUUCUGCUACGGUUGCACCCUGAUGGUGAUGACAAGGCUGUUGCUGCUCGACAACGCCGUCCAGGGCCUCCGGUACCUGUUCUCCUUCGAGUGGGAGAGCUUCGCUAACCUCGCAAUCUGGCACCAGGCAGCUCAGCAUAGUGUGUUUAACCUGGGCACCUGGUUUGGACCCCUACACUACCUGUCCAGCCGUAAUGACUUCUACUUAGACACACGCUUCUCGCACGUUUUCCUGGCCGUCAACGCGGUGCUUUACAACAUGGCCGGCAGCGUGAUGACCUUUUCGGCCAUGGGACACAUGGCGGCUUUGAGGGGCUCGCCGACCGUGCCGGACGCCGAACGACCGGGUCAAGCUGUGCCUUUCAUCGCACUGCCGAUGGCCCUGGGCUCCUUCACAUUUCCGCGCGCGGCCAGCGGCUGUUUCUUCGCUGCGUUCAUCCUACAAUCUCUGGCCGCACAGCUGGCGUUGGUUAACAGCGCGCUUCAAGAGAUGCUCGUGGAUUUGGAAGCCCGGCUGCCGUCCAAAAAGACGUUCGUCACGCUCUCCUACUGCUUCAUCUGCUUCCUGCUCUCCUGCGUGCUCUCUUCUCAGAACGGCUUCUACAUGGUCCACCUGCUCGACGCUUACGUCGGCGGUCUGGCCGUGCCCAUCGUCGCCCUCUACGGAAUCGUUGCCGUCGUGUGGAUAUACGGUCCCCACAACGUGUGCAGGGACGUCGAGUUCCUGCGGGGCCGCCCAGUGGGCAGCGUGUCCCUGUUUCUGUGGCGCUUCGCUUGUCCCGUCAUCCUGCUGGUGGCCGUCCUCAGUCCCGUGAUGAGCUUCAGCGACAGCCCCAGGAUGGGACGCCACGAGUACCCGCUGUGGGCGAACGCCCUCGGCUGCCUGGCAGUGGUCUCGUGCCUGGCGAUCAUCGGGGCCGUCAGCGUCAUCGUGUACCAGAAACACAACCGGGAUGUCAAGGAAGCGGUCAAGCCACACUUCAUGUGGGGACCAAAGGAUCCAGCGCUUCUGGACGCCUACAAGAAACACCGCAGUACCUGCCUGCGACUGCAACGUUUCAAAGUGUCAGCCGACCAAAAUACAAGCAUGCAGAGGAUAGGUUACCUGCCGGAAUAGAACUGGCUCGUCAUUUCCGUUUUCGAGAGCAACUCAGUUCAAAGGAAGGCGCGACCACUAUGGUCGUGCCACUCAGCGUAGCGAUGAAUGUAUCAGCGCAUCUACAGAUAUGGUGCUCGGCCUGUGCACGUUCUUCUUUUUUUCUUUCAGCGAUGAAUUAAACUUGCACAAGAAUCAACAGAAUUCACAUUUGUACUCAGA